UUGUUGACGGUUGGUUCUCUUCGGGAUUUCGGGGGCUGCGUCGAUUUCCAGAGCGUUUGGCGCGAGUGCGAAAAAUUUCGAAAAUUGCCCAUUUGCGUGAGAGUGCCCCGAAAAAUGUUGGACUCGCAGGACCGAAGUGGGCCGGGGCCCCUAAGCCAAUAAAUAAAAUAGCAAUUAAAUAAAAGAUUAAAUUAUUAACAUAAUAAUUGAGGGAUAAGAGGAAAAAAAAAAAACAAAUAGGAAUAGGAUAAUGCCGAUCAAAAAGGUGGCGGUGAAGGAGUACGAUUCGCAGGAUGAGGCUAGCACCGAGUUGCUGGAGAAGCUUAAGCACCUGGACCGCCGUGUGGAUGCCGUCGAGGGCGGGGGCGUGGCCAAGGGGGCGUCGGGCGGUCGGGGUAGGCGUGGCCUGGCCUUCUGGCAGUCGGUAAAGUGGAAGUCGGCCCUCAAUCACAUCGGACUGCUCGUCUCGCUGUCCAUCUACUGCGGCGUGGGCGGAUUGAUAUUUCGGCAUUUAGAACGUCCUGCGGAGGUGGAACGACUUUCCCAUCUCAAGGAUGUGGUGAAAACCCACAGGGAACGCUUCAUGCACACCAUACUGAAUAACACCGAUGUCCACAAUCUCGACGUGCUGUUGUCCUUUGAGUUGGCAAAAUAUGAAGCGGCCGUUCAACAGGCGGCUGAGGGAGGGCUGCUGAUAGUGGCUGAUAAAGACUUUCCAGAGCCCUACGAGCGAUGGAGCAUUCUGCAAGCUGUGUUCUUCUCAUCAACUGUGUUAACCACCAUAGGCUAUGGCAAUAUUGUGCCAGUGACGACUGGUGGUCGCGUAUUUUGCAUUUGCUUCGCCCUCGUCGGCAUUCCCUUCACCCUCACAGUGAUUGCCGAUUGGGGUCGAUUGUUUGCCACCGCUGUCUCCGUGUUUGGCACACAUAUGCCCACCAAGCCAAAAUUCACCAACUUUAUAGGCAAAACUUGGUUCUAUGCCAUUUUGGCCGUUGGUUUUUUGGGUGUUUACUUGGCCGCCGGAGCUGGUCUUCUUUUGCUCUGGGAAGAUGACUGGACCUUCUUCGACGGUUUCUACUUUUGUUUCAUCACCAUGACAACCAUCGGAUUUGGUGAUUUGGUGCCAAAGAAACCCAACUAUAUGUUGCUAUGCACAUUGUAUAUUCUCAUUGGCCUCGCCCUGACAUCAACUAUAAUUGAGCUGGUUAGGCGGCAAUAUGCAACAAGUUGGGCCAAGAUUCAGGAACUAUCUGGACCCAUGGCGGAGACUUUACGGCGUUUGGGUGAGACAGCCGGCACAGGUCUCGAUUAUGCAGCCCUGCAGAAGGUCCUUACGGUGUCCAUGCCCAAGUGGAAUAGCAAGAAGAACGAUCACAGUCCCGAUAUUGCAGCUUUGGAGGCCAUCACCAAUGCCAUACUGAAGGAGGUCAAGGAGGCCCAGAACAACAAGCCCAAGGUCCUGCAAAUCGUCAUCUACGAGUCCUCUGUCUAAAAAUGAAACUAGAAAAGAAAAAACAAAAAGAAAAUAACAGACAGCGAGAGAGCUUCCAUCGUAAAAAGUGCUGCAUAAUUUUGGGUAGCCAGCAAGAAAAACAAAAUAUCAAGAAAAAUAUCAAACGUAGUUAGGCUGCUGAUCGUCGUCCAUGGGUUACAGUGGGUACUGGCUACUGGCUUCUGGCUCGACUACUGUAGCACUGCCAGACUUCCAUAAGUUAGUGUCCGUACCUAUAGCUAUUAUAUAGUCAAAUGUCUAGGCAAUAACAUUGCUCAUACGUACUGAGGCCACAACAUACUCAUCUCACACAUGCAAAGCGCGGCAGGUGAUUUAAUGUCUAUAGUCAUAGAUAAUCAUUUUUUUUUUGAGUAAUUCUAACCGUAUGAUGUAGCUUAAGUUAUAUGUAAUCUUAAUUGUAACUCUUGUCCAUGCCAUGCAUAAAUGUCAUCUUAAAAAUAAAAACAGAAAAAAGACUUCAACAA